UGUCACUGAACGAGCCUCAUCAGUGACUAUUCUACCUACCUUACCUUACCUUACCAGCGGGACCGCAUUUUUUAAACCGAAAGCGAUAGAAGACCAGGCUGCUUCUGCAAUUUUACUUAGCAAAACACAUCAAAGUUCUCUUUGCAUUUCCAGACAUGGCGGGCAAGAACGUUGUCGUGACCGGUGCCACCGGUCUUCUCGGACGACAGGUAGCUAGAGCUUUCGAACUCCGGAGUUGGAACGUCAAGGGUACCGGAUUCUCCCGCGCCGAUGGAGUUUCCGUCUUCAAAGUCGACCUGAGCAAAACUUCGGAGGUUGAGAAGUUUCUCGACGAGUCCAAGCCCCAAGUAGUCGUACACUGCGCCGCCCAGAGGUUCCCCGACAAGGUGGACAGCGACCCGGAUGCUGCCAGGGCGCUGAACGUCGCAGCCACCAAGUCGCUUGCCAACCUCUGUGCUGCUCGUUCCACCCUGCUUAUCUACAUAUCGACGGACUACGUCUUCUCCGGUAAGCCCGGAGAGGCACCCUACGAGGCAGACGCACCGACUGGGCCGACCAAUCUCUACGGCCAGACCAAGCUGGACGGCGAACUCGCCGUCUUGGAGGAAUACAAGGCGGCCGGCCUCGAAGGUCUUGGCCUCGUCCUUCGAGUUCCUGUUCUCUACGGGAAAGCCCACACACCGGCUGAGAGUGCCACCAAUAUCCUUAUGGACACGUUAUGGAAGACCCAGGAUGGUCAGUCCAAGGUGAAGAUGGACCAUUGGGCUAUUCGAUACCCCACGAACACAGAAGAUGUCGGUCGCGUAUGUCACGAUAUCGCGGGCAAAUACCUCGAGGCCAGUGACCGCAGCUCGAUGCCCAAGGUCCUCCAGUUCUCCAGUGAGGAUAAGAUGACCAAGUACGAGAUUUGCCAGACGUUCGCAGACAUUAUGGGUCUCCCUAUGGACGGAAUCAUUGCCAACACCGAAGGCAACGACCCGAACGCGAGCGUCCAACGGCCAUAUGACUGCCAUCUCAGCACACGUGCACUCAAGGACCUGGGCAUCGAUGUGUCGACAAACGACUUCAUCGGGUGGUGGAGACGCGAAGUACACGCCUUCCGACACUGAUCUGGAUCGGUAGUGAAGUAGUGCACGCGCCUGCAUCGGCGGCUCGACAGACAGUUUGAGAAAGCCUGAGACUCAGUGUUAGGGUGAAGGAUCCGCUAAGGAAUACGGAGAAGAGGCCAUGCUGUUUGCAGGCACGACGUGGUCUUGGCACACAGCUCUUAGCGACAUGGUUGCAUGUUCGGACGCUUCUGGUCAUUGUGCGAUAACAGUUGAUUCUCCCAUGCCGAGUUGCAGAUAUCGAUCCAGGACGAGAAAACCCUUGGUUUGGACAAGUGGCCGGAGCUGGCGGUGGGGCCAGAGACGAGUGAGCAAAGCAGUACGGCCAACAGUGAGACCAAUUCCAAAUCACGAAUUCAUCUC